AAAUCAUGACUUUGAAUGAUGGUGUGGAGUGGAAGCAGCAGAGCAUGUGGUUCCUCUGUGUUGGCCAGUUGCAGCGGGUUCACAGUCUGAGGUUCACACACAGAGGUGCAACAACAAGGAAGUGCUCCAACCCGCAGACUACAGCAAGGAUGGCGCUGCGGACAGCUGGAGGUCGUUUCUUUUACUUUCAGAGGAACGUUUUAAAGGUCUCCAUCCAAACACUUGGCUUUGUCAGGUUCAAAACAAGUUGUCCUGUUGAAGUGAGCCGUCUGGAUCAUUUGGUUCUGACUGUGAAAAGUGUGCCAGACACCAUCAACUUUUAUACCUCAGUCCUGGGCAUGGAAGUCAUCACUUUCAAGGGAGAUCGUAAGGCCCUGGGUUUUGGGCAGCAGAAGUUUAACCUUCACCAGUUGGGUCAGGAGUUUGAGCCCAAAGCCAAGCAUCCAACGUCAGGCUCUGCGGACCUGUGCCUCAUCACCAAAACCCCCCUCGCUACAGUGGCUUCACAUCUGAAGGUCUGUGGGGUGGAGAUAGAGGAGGGACCGGUGGAGAGGAGUGGAGCUGUGGGGUCCAUCACGUCUCUGUACUUCAGAGAUCCAGACCACAACCUCAUCGAAGUUUCAAACUAUAACCAGUCGACUCCAGAGGGAUCCACUAAGUACAACUAGAAAAUGCAUUUCCUGCUGAAAAUGCGUGCGAAUGCUGUAAACUGUGUACAUGUGUUGCUGAAUUUAGCUGAAAAUGCAGAAAAAGCUGAAUAUUUUAAUUAGUUGAAUGGUCUCUGUAGCUGCUUUUAGCUACAAAAACCAAGUAAGUGUG